GGGACGAUUAGCACCUUUUGUGCGCUCCGUUAAGAUCGACAGCUAAAACGUCUGUGUAUUGUGAACGUCAUGACGCGGUCAUGAAGGGGUUGUUGAACCUAAACCCAGAUUUCCACGACGACUCACACAAACGCACAGCACUCUCGGCUGGUGGCACUGCGUUGAUGCUGGAAAAUGUGGUUACGUGGAAACUUUACACGUGUUUUAUGUGCCAUGUUUGUCAUAGCACCCUUUAUCCGGCUCGUGUUUUGGAGUUUGUUACAAAUAUAGACAAAAGGUGUGGUUGUGUGUUUGAACCCUGUGUGCCAACAAACCCUGACACACAAACACACACAAAGCACUCAAUUCUAGGGUCUUUGGAAGGUGGAGUGAUGAUAAAUAAAAUAUUUCCACACAGCAAAAAAGUCAUUCUGCUUCAAAUCUUCAGUUUUUUCCUAGAUUAUCACAUGCAGCAAUGAAAAAGCCCUAAAAUAACUACAGUAUUUACUGUGAAAACAAGAAAACAUUCCUCUGGUGCAAAAGGUUGGGGCCCUAUCCUCCCACAAGAAAACAUGUCAAAGAUUUGCAUUUAAACACUCCCUCCAACGUCACUGGUGCCAGCGUAUGGAUUUAUUUUUAAUUUUUGUGUUUAGGUUCUGUUAGACAGGAAGCGUACUGCUCCUCUUGUGCCAAAACCUCCCCAGACUUCCCUGCUAUUCUUCAGCAUGUAUCAGAUUGUCCCCGGUACGCCUGUAGAGCAGCAUUUCACAGAAGGAUCCCACGGCUCGCCGUUUAAGAAAAAGCGCUCCAGUGAAAGGCGGCCAUUGGUCAUAUCUGGUGUUCUAGGCUGUGUGCUAGGCCUAGCUGCUGUGAUCGCAUGGUGCUACUACUACAUGUCUCUACGCAAAGCACAGCUGCUGAAGAACGAGUCGCUUGACCUGAGAAAAGAUGGCUUUGUCAUACACAACCAGGGAGGGACCGUUAUCUUCACCAUGACCUUCAGAUCUGACAAUCUGGAUCUGGACUCCUGCUCUAAGGAGAAAAAUAUUCUCAGCUGCACUCGCUCAUACUCAGGAAACCUGAACUUCUUUAUCGAGACGGUCCGAUCAAAAGACACUGUGAUGUGUUACCGGGUUCGCUGGGAGGAGCUGCAAAAUAAUCACUCAAUUGAACACGCCAUGGCAUACAACGGUUCCCACUGGUAUGGAGGGGCAGAAACCGCAGAGCAACACUGGCCCAUAAAGAUCCAAGGGGAACAGGACCCACAGCCCUUCGUCACCAGUGAUGUCUAUUCCAACCGAAAAGCUUUUGGGGGAAUACUAGAGCGGUACUGGCUGUCGUCAAAUGCAACCGCGAUCAAGAUUAACGAUUCGGUACCGUUUCAUUUGGGUUGGUCAGAGAAGGACAGAACGCUCAGGUUUGAGGCGCGCUACCAGAACUCUCCCUUCAGACCAGCAGCAGGACAGAGGGCCUUUCCUGAGCUCAGCUACAGAGUUUGUGUGGGGGCCAAUGUUGCCUCCAUUCACAAAUAUAUGGUACGGCGGUACUUCCCUAAACCCAUUAAAGUCCCUUCUUCUGAGGUUUUUGCAAAGCCAGUGUGGUCCACAUGGGCUCUUUACAAGACGGCUGUAAGUCAGGAGAAGCUGCUGCGCUAUGCCACUGACAUCACCAAGCACGGCUUCAACUGCUCCCAUCUGGAGCUGGAUGACCGCUACACCUCUGACUAUGGAGAGUUUGACUUUGACCCGCAGAAGUUCCCAAAUGCCAGCGGCAUGUUCGAAAAACUCAGAAAAAAGCAGUUUAAAGUGACACUGUGGACACAUCCUUUCAUCAACUACGACUCCAUCAAUUUUGGUGUGGCGGUGGAGAAAGGCCUGUUUGUCCGGGAGCCCAGCGGUGAGCUGCCUGCUCUGGUUCGCUGGUGGAACGGAGUCGGAGGCAUCUUGGACUUUACCAACCCAGAGGCCAGAGAGUGGUUUUCCUCACACCUGAGCACGCUCAAAGCUCGCUACCAAGUGGCUUCCUUUAAGUUUGAUGCCGGAGAGACCAGCUACCUCCCGCGACAUUUCAGCACCCUGAUGCCGCUGUCCGACCCCUCCUCCUUCACCCGGCACUAUGCAGAGAUGGCUCUGCCGUUCAGCGACCGUGCUGAGCUGCGAGUGGGAUACCAGAGUCAAAACGUCUCUUGCUUCUACAGGAUCAUUGACAGAGACUCAGUGUGGGGUUAUGAGCUCGGGCUCAAGUCCAUCAUCCCCACGGUUCUUACCAUCAGCAUUCUGGGUUACCAGUUUGUCUUACCCGAUAUGAUAGGUGGGAAUGCAUAUCCCAACCGCACUGCAGAGGGAAAAGAUGCUCUUCCAGACAGAGAGCUGUACAUCAGGUGGUUGGAGUUGUCUGCUUUUAUGCCCGUCAUGCAGUUCUCUAUUCCACCGUGGGCCUACGACAAAGAGGUGGUGGAAAUUGCCCAGAAGUUCACAGAACUUCAUGAAACUCUGGUGACCCCGAGGGUCUUAGAACUGGCAAAUGAAGUCCUUAAAACCGGAGACCCGAUCAUACGGCCGCUGUGGUGGAUCGCUAACGAUGACGAGGUGGCCUAUAAGAUCGACUCUCAGUUUAUGAUCGGAGAUGACCUGAUGGUGGCUCCUGUGUUGGAACCGGGAAAACAAGAGAGAGAUAUCUAUCUACCUGCAGGACAAUGGAGAAGCUACAAGGGGGAACAUUUUGACAAAACUCCUGUGUACCUCACUGAUUACCCUGUGGAUCUGAAUGAAAUUGCUUACUUUACAUGGGUUCCUUUGAUCGACACCUGAUUGCUUUUACAUCCUUCAAAUAAUUUUCAUCCUCGUGUGCCUUUCAGAGCCAAAAGGAAAACCGAUCCCUGAUUGUAUCACCAAGGCUGUCUUUCUCCUUACGAGGCACCUUAAUUCUGUAGUUUUAGGCUGUCAGGUGUUCUGUGAGCCUGAAGUAAUUAAUCUUUCCAGUCCAGGUGGAUUACAUGUCUGUGCCAUAACAUUAAUCUCAUAAUCCAAUGGGGUUGGGGACUCUCCAGUAAUAAAUAUGCACAGAUUUGGAUAAACACAGCUGAACAUCAGCAUCAUUCUGGCGUUUUCUGCACUGAGCUGGCAAAUCCAUGGAAGUAAUGCACCAUUCAACUGCACUUUACUUAUGCUAGAAUUUCAGUUUAAUAACGACAAUAAUGCACGGAUGUUUGGUCAUGUGUUUAGCAGCGUUCUGAGCACAAAUAGCUGCUAAUAUUUUUCAUGCAAUGAUUGUCGACCUGCUGUGCCAUCUUUCUAUGUCAGUGCCAAAGUAAACAGUCUGUCUGUCUGUCAUCUGCUGAAGUUAAAAUGCAUUGCUCAGGGCAGAAAAAAUAAAUAUUUUAAAUUAUUUUUAUGCACAAGUAAAUAUGUAUUGAACCACUACUUAUAUUUCUGUGAAAAUGUCAUACAUUAGUGUGCCCUCCACAGCUGCAUUGUGAAUGUUUUUUGCCUCAUUUUUUUUGUCUUGAAUGAACAAAGAAGUGUGCGCCUCAUGAAUCUAAACUUCCUCUCCUACGUUAUGAUUUACAGAGCGCAUGAGUUUGAAUGUUCCUGCACUGUGACUGCUGACAUGAGAAUAAAGGAGAAUGAAGCACAAGACUGCUUAUCU